AUGGUCUCAAAGACGGUACUCUGCCUGUCGAAGCAACCUCACCCUGCUGGUGUUGGAGCCGCGUCUUUUCUACCGCCGGUGGAUCAAAGCCGAUUUAUCCCGGGUAUUCAGAACUCUGAAGCGCCCAGCAUUAGGGUUCCUUCUAACCCUAAGUUGAAAGCACAUGAUAUCCCUACAAAAAAUUUCAAGGCUGCGGUUCAAGGGAAACGCAUCCCUAAAUCUCCUGAGGUCUUUAUCCACGACCUCAACUUGGUUCACCCCAUCAUGAGUAACGGACAACGCUGUGUUGAGAUGCCGGAAGCUCUUUAUCAAGAACGUAUGCGUGGCUAUACCUACGCUCUUCACGCACGGCUGAUGCUUCGUAAAGGAGAUCUCCCGCGUUUUGCGGCUGAUAUUCACGAAGAGUUGAGCAGCAUUUGGGAGUUGUCUCUUCCGUUUCGAGUUAUUCCUCUGGGACGAGGUUUUUUUUCGCUUAUUCUAUCAUCAAUGGAUGAUUAUUCUAAAGCAAGGUUGCACCCUUCUUUGAAGCUUCGUCAUGGGGUUCUAUCGAUUAAGGAUUGGUCUCCUAAAUUUGAUCCGUAUAAACAAAAUUCUUCGCUCAUACAGGUAUGGACUCGCAUCUACUACCUUCCUCAUGAAUUUUGGCACCCCGAGCUUCUCACUAGUAUUGCUCGAGCCAUAGGAACUCCUAUUAAGAUGGACGGCCCGACGUUUAAUGGGGAAGUAGGGCAUUUUGCUAGGAUUUUGAUUGAGAUAGAUGUCUCUAAAGAGCUGACAUACACUAUCCCGGUAAGUCGCGGUUUUGAGUGCUUUGACGUUGAGUUAAGUUACGAAAAUCUUCCGUAUUUCUGUGGUAUUUGUCACGCUGUUGGCCACUCUAGUACUCAUUGCCGAAGAAAGCCGGAAGAGCAAGCUUUGGCGGAAGAGAGCGUUGGUGCUCUCGGGAAGGAAGACGGGAAAGGAGAUGGCUUUGUUCAAAAGAAGAAGAAACCUUUCCUGCAAACUUGGAAGAACACAGGUUCUCAUGGGAAUCUUAACCCUCAGCAGAUGGUGGGUCAGGCGUCGAAGUCUGGGCUUCCCAGCCAGACAAUUUUUCAAACAUCGGGGGGGCAUUCUGGGUUCGGUAACCCAGCUAAUGAGCACGCAAAAGAUUCUAGUGAGAAUGAUUCUGUCCUCUCUCGCAAUGCUUUUGAGGUUCUUGAGGGAGUCAUUGUUGAUAAUGAGAUGGAGGAGAAUAUGGAUCCAGCUUCAAAUUUGGCUCAGUCUUUUCCUCAAACACCUGGUGGGCAAACUUCUGGUGCUCCGGCUGUUCUACAGCAGCCUGUUUCGGAGACUCAGAAUACGGCAGAGGAGUCUCGCCCUCGCUCGGCCACACCCAAAGCUGUCGGGAGGCAGGAAGACCCGUUGGUUGACACUUCCACUUCUAACACUUUGGUUCCAGAGGGGGUUGCCGAAGAUAUGGAUAAUGGGGACAAUAUGGAGGACCCGUUGGGGAGGAGUGUUGCUACUUCUCCACCCCGACAAUCGAUGGAUACGACUACAGAUACUCCCAGUCCUGAUUUGGCUUUGGUUGUGUCGACAUGA